AUGGCCUCCAGCUACACCUACUCGUUCUUUCCUGUCUCGAGGACCGAUGGAAUUAGCGCCUCCGCUCAAAAAUAUCGAGAAUUGCGUUUAAAAGCAUUGAAGACUUCACCUGGCUCUUUCUCAUCAACCUACGAUAUCGAAGCGGCUUUUACCGAUGCAGAACGGGUCGAUCGCCUCACUGUGCCCGAUCGAGAAGUCUUCAUCUGUGCCGCCACACCAUGGGGCCGUGAUCCGUUAUGCCCCAGUGGCAUCCAAUGGGUCAGCCAGGUCACUCUGCGAGGACCUUCAUCCAGCGCUGAUUUCGAGUUACCCCCAGAAGCUGGUCAGCCACCCCAGAGGUCCGACAAAGAGGAAGAGCGAUGGCAGAUGCUGAGCUUGUUUACCCUUCCGGAACAUCGCGGCCGUGGACUUGGGAGCAAACUGUGCCAGGCGUCCCUUGACCAUCUUCGAUCAUACAGGUCAUCUCCUCGGGAAAUUCAAGUACGGCUCAUCGUUAAGGCGGGAAAUGAUGUUACUGUGGAAUUGUAUCGGCGACUUGGGUUUAUCCACGCCGGGAGAGCGACUCUUGUUGAAGCCCUCAUCGCAAAUGGAGAUGAGCAUCUUAUCCCGAAAGAGCGGAACUCGGCAAAGUACUCAGAAAGACAAGGGCUGAUUAUGAUAUCGCGUAUAUCACGCUCAUAG